UCUAGCAUGUCGUUCGCAAAGGCCUUCUCACCUGCUCUUCGUGAAAUACGAAUUUUGUGCUCGCAGACAGGCCCAGCCUCUGCGGGAACCCGCCAAUUCAUAGUUUCGAAAUACCCAACUAUCAAACAGCACAACCCCGACCUACCUGUGCUUAUUAGAGAGGCAACUGGAACACCAGCACGAGUGUUUGCGAGGUUUGAACGCGGGGUGGAGAAACACGUUGAACUUGACAAUCUCUCGGCUACGGAUGUGGAGACGAAAGUAGCGCAGCUGCUCAGCUCAUGACCCCUCUAUAAUCAACGGACGCAUGCUCUGUGUAACACCAGCUUUCGAUUAGACAGAUUUCUUCCAUG